GGGCGGCGGGCGCAAGGUUCUGUUGUCAGGCGGAAGAGCGGCGGUCGCGCCUUUGUUGUGCCCGGAGGAAACGGGUAACUGUGGCGGCCGGCGACUCGGGUUUCACUAAAUACUGAGAAACAUUAGGAAACAAUGUCACUUGACUUUGACAGUGGAGCUCUACAAACUCAACAUGAAGAUGAAGACUAUGACCAAGAGGAUUAUGCAAGAGAACAAGAGUUGCAAAAACUGUUGACAGACCUUCCCCAUGAUAUGCUGGAGGACAGUGGAGACCAGCUCUCUAGCUAUUCGGACUGCAGCAUUCAUGAGACUGAGGAGCAAUCACAUGACCCUGGGAAUCAUGAUGGAAGGUGGAAUGAUCAUCCAUUGAUAAGUGGUCCUCAAAAUGAUUAUGAACAAGGACAAAAUCUGUACCCUGAACAAUUUUUGUGUGACCAGCAAAAUGAUCAUGUUGAAAACCAUGGAAAGAAUUGGAAUGGUCUACAUAAAGAUGAAGAGAAGAAACAUUUGUAUGAUGUUAAAGAUUACUGUGGUCAGAAUGGUCAGGCGGAUCCUGAUGAUGUCUAUCUUGGUAGAGAUGGGUUUAAUACACCAAGUUGUUACCAACAGAACAACCUCUAUCAUCUUCCUGAAAACUUCAGGCCAUAUACAAAUGGCCAUAAACCAGAAUUUAACAGUCAGCAAAGUAAAAUAAUAAAUUUUCCAGAUACUCCAAAGGAACAUCUUAAGUUUGUUACAUCUGAUGUUGUCAGUGGCCAAUCACCUGAAUCUUACAAAGUGACUUAUAAACCGUACCAAAAUGGCAUGCAUCAACAAAUUCCUGUAGUCCAAGAAGGACCCAGAAGAAAGGAGAUGUUUGAAGAUUUGCAACAUGAAUUCUUGGGCAAUGAUGAAAAUUCUUCAGAAAAUAUGCAGAUUCUUCAGCUUCAAGUUCUAAAUAAAGCAAGAGAAAGACAACUGGAAGAACUUAAUGAAAAGCUAGAAAAGAGUGCACAGCAGAUUAGGUAUUUGGAUCAUCAGCUUUCAAUGGUCAGAGAUGAGAAGGAUGGCUUGGCUGUUAGUCUUCAUGAGUCUCAAAAACUCUACCAGAAUGGAAAGGAACGGGAAGCGCAUCUUGAAGGUCAAAUAAAGGCCCUUGAAACUCAAAUUCAGACUCUUACUACCAAUGAGGAACAGAUGCGGAAGCAAUCCAAAGUUGCAGAGGUGGCCAUGGAAAGCAUGCAGAAACAGCUGUUGGAACUCCAGCGAUCAGAUGCCCUUCAGCGAGCCAGAGAACAACAUGAGACCAUUAUUUCUGCACUCAAGCAGAAGUAUGAAAAGCAAGUAUUAUCAUUAGAGCAGAAUCUUGAUGCUACAAAGUCUGCACUCUGUGAGCAGAAAGAGCUUUGCAAAAAUCUAGGAGAGCAUGUUAAGCAACUUGAAAAAACACUGGAAGAAACCAAAUGUGAAAAAACUGAAAUAAUAAAUAGACUGACAAGAAGCCUAGAAGAAAGCCAAAAGCAAUGUGCAAAUUUACUGCAAACAGGCUCAAUGCAAGAGAUGAAUCAGUUACGGUUUCAAUUGCAACAAGCUCAGUCUGCACACAUGAUAAGCAGUAACAUGAACAAGGCUUUGCAGGAAGAAUUAGCAGAACUGAAGGAAGAAAUAGCUUCAUAUGAAUCUGCUGCAAAACUUGGAGUAUUUUUGAAUGAUGCAAGUGAAGAGCUGCACAUGAACCUAAGUGAUUCCUAUGUAGAUUUAGGAAUUAAAAAAGUCACUGGGAAGAAACCAAUGCUCUGCAGUGCAAUACAGAACAGAGGCAUGGAUAAAGAGAUGUCUAAAGAUGAAAUUAUUGCAGAAUUAAAAGCUGAGCUGGAACGUUUACUGAGCAGUAAUAAAAUGAAGAGAAACCAGAUUACUCGACUGCAAACUGAUCUUAAGGACUGUCAGAAGACAUUAGAGGAAUACAAACAGUUGUUGAAAGCAGAAAAAGCAUCAAAAGAGUCAGAGCCUGUCACAAAUCUGAACGAUCAGUCAGUGGCCACUUCUGAUAAUCUUAGGGAAGAAGUUCUGAGACUUAAAACUGCUAAUGAAAAUUUGCUGCAAGAAGUUGAGAGCCAUACUUCAACUAUUGAAGAACUGAAAGCAAAUGAGGAAAAACUGAAAAGCUUAAAUCAAGAUCUCUGUUGUCAGAUGAGAAAGAUGGUUCAGGAUUUUGAUCAGGAUAAACAAGAAGCAAUUUACAGGUGUGAAAGAACUUAUCAGCAACAUCAUGAGGAUACAAAAGCACAUUUUGAGAAAGACCUGCUGGAGAGGUGUGCUGCAGAAAAGCAGCAGCUUGUUCAAACCUAUGAAGAGACCGUUUCACAGUUGAAGGCUAAUAUAGAGGAGCUGAACAGAGAGAUGACUGCAGUGAAAGAAUGUUACAUCGGAGUCUGUGGGGAGAAGGACACCUUGGAAGCUACUUUAAGGCAGAAAUUUGACCAAGAGCAGCGGCUGAAGGAAGAGAAGCUGAAGAAACAGCUACUAGAAGAAAAAGAAUGUUCUCUUAACCUUUUGAGGACUGAGCUUGAAGAGAAACACAGCAGUUCUAUGAUGGCUACCAAGAGGCAGUGGCUGGAAGAGAAAGAACAGCAAAUUGCAAAGGAAAUUGCAUUAGCCAAAGUUCACUGGGAGAAGGAAGAAAAAGAGAAUAAAGAACAAGUCAUUGCAAAAAUAGAAAAAGAAUGGCAAAGUAGGCUGGAAGAAGUGCGAAGAACUGUAGUUAAGUGUAAUGACUGCAGCAGCCAAACUGAUCCAGUCACAGUUGUGGAUGAAGCCUCAAAUAAAGAGUUAGAAGGGAUUGCUGAAGACCAAAGGCUGCAGACCCAGAAGUCUCUGAAAGGAAAUAUGGCCUCUGAAGAGGCCUUAAAAGAAUUUAAAAUAGAACUGGAAAAUAAAUACCAUAGAAAUCUUGCCAGACAGGUAGACGCAGCUUUAACCCAAGCCCGUGCCAAGUGGCUGCAAGAAUUAACAGAUCUCAAAGAGUACAAAAUAAAUCUAAAGGCAGAACAAGAAAAAUGGGAAAAAGAACACAAAGAGACUGCAGCAAAGCAGCUAGCUCUAAUUCUCUCAGCUGCUGAAGAGAAGUGGAAGAAGGAGUAUGAGAAUGCAGAGAAAUCUGGACCAAAAGUGAAAGAACUUGAAGAAAAGGUAAUUUCUCUUAAGAAGGAGUUGGAGCUAAAGAAAGAAGAAAUUCCUGUAGCCAUUAAAGCAGAACUAGCAAGAGCCCGUGCUCAGUGGAACAAAGAAAAGCAAGAAGAAAUCCUGCAGAUACAAGAGCAAAAUGAAAGAGACUACCGGUUGUUCUUGGAUGAUCAUCGAAACAGAAUUAAAGAGGUACUUGAAACAGCAAGGGAGGAUCUUGCAAAGCAGAGGAAUGAGCUCUCCCUUCAGAAAGAGGCAGAAAUAAAGAUGUUACUAGACCAAAAGCAGCAAGAGUGGGAGGCACACGAAACAAAGAGACUGCAGGAUGAAAUUAAUCAGUAUGAGGAGAAGAUUUUGGUUGAGCUUGAGUACUUGUUGAGUGAAAUCCACGAAGAACUAGUCAAGUGCACACAUAAUAAGCAGUCUUGGAAGGAUAAGUGCUUUGACACUCAUGUUCAAUUAAACAGUCAAUGCAAGGACAAACUGAAGGCUUGCUUACAAAAGGCUUAUAGGACCACGGUGUACACAAUUCUGGAAAAGAGUGAGCGAGAAUGGAAAGAGAAAUAUGAAGAGCUAGUGAGUAGUGUAAAUAAAGAAUCAUGCUCUUGCCUGCAAUGUGAUGAAGGACAAACUAGGACUGUGGCAAGACCUCCUGUGUACAAUGCUGAGCACCAAGCAGAAGCACGAAGGAGGCUGAGGAGACAGCCACCCUUGCAGGAGACUGGAACAGAGAAAGAUCAAAAAUGUACAAAAAGGAACCUUGGGUCUCAGGAAUAUUUUUCAUGUGAACACUGUUGCCAAGAGCUUGAAACAAGAGAGUAGGUGUUCCAAACUAGAAACAAACAUCUACAGCUUGCUAGGAGGGAGCAUGAAGUCAGAUCAAAUCUGAUAACAGAAAAUCAGAAGGUUCUAGAAACUUUAAUUGUAGACAACUCUGAGAUGAAGACUAAACUGAAAGACCUGGGAACACCACCAAGGUCACUGUCAAAGGGAGGUAUCUCAAAACCUUGUAUGUCCUGUGAUGCUGUGAAAGGCCUGGAAGAAAUGCGUGCUCAGUACAUUAAAGCUGUGAACAAGAUUAAGUGCGACAUGCUUUGUUAUAUCCGUGAAAGUAAGGAGCGAGCUGCUGAAAUGAUUAAAGUGGAGGUUUUAAGAGAGCGCCAAGAAACGGCACGGAAAAUGCGCAAAUACUAUUUGACGUGUCUUCAACAACUGCUUACUGAUAAUGGGAAGCAAGAAGGAGCUGAAAAGAAAAUAAUGAAUGCUGCCAGUAAGCUUGCUACAAUGGCUAAAGGACUUGAAACCCCUCUUCAACACAUUCCCCAAAACAAAUCUGCUCGCUCAGCUCUGCUCUUAAAUUCUGAUCUACUGCCUGGAGCUGAGUACUCAAAAAGAGAUCGCAUGCCUCAGACUAGGUCAAACCACGUGGAAAGCAAAUCAUGUGGUGAAAGCAUUGCCAAAAAAGCCAAUGAAAAAGGUGUAGCACGUGACUUGAGACAGCAGUUUGAUGCAGUGCAGGAUGAAACUCAACACACACUUCAUGAAAAAGUUACUUCAAACAUUCAGAACAGGAAUAAUUCUAAGAAUCUGGGUGGUGCUUCAGGAGAUGCUCUGCCAGAGUUUUAUCCAAAUGAAAGUGGAAGAGGAGAAAAACACACCCCCACCGUCGGUGCAGACAAAGGACUCCUGUAUACUGCUAGCAGUAUGGCACUUCAGAAUGCUCCUCUGGCUGCUUUUCAAACAGCAUUAGACAAUACGCAUGCACCCAGCUGUACAACCGGCUGUGCCAUCUCUGGGACAACUCAUCUGCUUAAGACCAAGAGUGCAAGAAUGAUCUUGAAAGAGGAUAUGUGUAUCCAGUCAUGUGGGAAACAGAAAACUACAUCUAAAACAACUCAGGAAUCUGAUUUUCAAAAAACUCCAGGAAGAGAUGAUGGAAGCUGCAGUGAAUGGAACACUGUGAAUGGAAGCCACCAUCUGGAUCAUAGUGACAUGCCCCUUUUACAUUCUGAACAGAAAGGCGGUGGUGAUGUGCAAGUACAGGCUGCACGCCGUGAAGAGUUUCUUCACGUCAGGUUCUUUUCCCCUGCAGAUGAAAACGUUGGUUCUUGGAGAGGUACUUCCAAUGGCACAAAUUUCAGCACAAAAAGCAUCACUAAAGUUUGUAGUAGAGGCCACCUGACAAACCCAGAGCAUGCUUCAUUCCUCAACUCUGACAGAUCAGAUCUUGCUGUCGCACAACUGCAUGUAUCACCAGAUUCAAAUGUAGGAAAAUGCUGCAACAAAUGCUUGGAAAAGAAGUGAUGUGGAAUCCACUGUCUCUUCAGCAGGUAGUGGUUUUGGAAGCCCACUUUCUAACUUGAACCAAUACCAGCAAUUCCUUAUUUGAAGGAAAAAAAAAGACAUCACUUGAUUUUUAAGUAGAAGUUUAAGGAUUGGGGAAAACCUGUUCUACUGUGUCCAUCUCAUGGUCAGUGUGACACAAUUUGAAUGUGAUGUGAAUUCCAUAAAUGCUACUUGAA